AUGGCGUCCGUGCUCCCUCCCCGAGGCACCAAUGCGUUCCGCCCCUUCAGCCAGGAAUCACUGGCGGAGAUCGAGAGGCUCAAGGAGGAAAGAAAAAAGGCAGCAGAAGUAGAGGGCCAUGAGGGCGAAGAGAAAUUAGCCCCGAACGCUGACCUGGAGGCGGGGAAGAGCCUGCCCAUGAUCUACGGAGACCCUCCACCAGAGCUGCUCAACACACCUCUGGAGGACCUGGACCCCUUCUACAAAGCACAGAAUACAUUCAUUGUGAUCAGCAGAGGAAACACAAUCUACAGGUUCAAUGCUGAGCCGGCUUGCUACAUUCUGAGCCCCUUUAGUUUGGUUAGAAGAGGAAGCAUCAAGAUUCUUAUACAUUCAUUGUUUAGCAUGUUCAUCAUGAUUACGAUUCUGUCGAAUUGUGUAUUCAUGACGAUGAGCAACCCACCAGCAUGGAGUAAAACUGUUGAGUAUGUUUUUACUGGUAUUUAUACCUUUGAGGCAACAGUCAAAGUGUUGUCCAGAGGUUUCUGUGUUGGGUCUUUUACAUUCCUUCGAGAUCCAUGGAAUUGGCUGGAUUUCAUGGUGAUCAGCAUGGCAUACGUCACUGAGUUCGUUGACCUUGGCAACGUGUCAGCCCUCAGGACAUUUCGUGUUCUUCGAGCCCUUAAAACAAUUACUGUGAUUCCUGGUUUGAAAACCAUCGUGGCCGCUUUGAUCCAGUCGGUGAAGAAAAUGGUGGACGUCAUGAUUCUGACGGUGUUUGCUCUGGCGGUUUUUGCCCUCAUCGGCCUUCAGCUCUUUAUGGGAAAUCUGCGACACAAAUGUGUGCGAUGGCCAAUCGAAACCAAUGAAACAUCAUUUGAAUUUUUUAACACCACAGCAACAUUCGGCGACAUGGUGUCCUACAACGACACAAUGGGCGUAAAUCAGACAACAUAUUCCAACAGUACCUUUGAUUUUAUGGAAUAUAUUCAAAACUCUGAGAAUCACUAUUUUUUGGAAGGCAGCCUUGAUGCUCUACUUUGUGGGAACAGUUCUGAUGCUGGAAUGUGCCCUGAAGGAUACACCUGCAUGAAGGCUGGGAGGAACCCCAACUAUGGCUACACCAGCUUUGACUCUUUUGGCUGGGCCUUCCUCGCCCUCUUCAGACUCAUGACUCAGGACUACUGGGAGAACCUUUUCCAGCUGAUCCUGCGGGCGGCUGGUAAGACAUACAUGCUGUUCUUUGUGGUGAUUAUCUUCCUGGGCUCCUUCUAUCUCAUCAACCUCAUCCUGGCUGUGGUAGCCAUGGCUUACGAUGAGCAGAAUCAGGCGACCCAGCGAGAGGCCAUAGAGAAAGAGGAGGAGUUCCAGCGGCUACUAGAGCAACUCAGGAUUCAAGAACAGACUCAAAAUCUUGGGAGCAGAGCCACUUUAACCAGUAAGAAGUCGCUCAGUCAUCACACGUCGUCUCAGUUGGGGGACGAUGAACUGAGUCUUGAACGUGAGGACAUUGUCAAGGAUUGCAACGGGAGAGUCAUUCCCCAUUUCCUCAUCAGAGCGCCCACCAUGAUUAAGCCUGCUGCAGAUUAUGAACUCGAAGAAAGGUCACUGAGCUCUGUGCACAGCAUGCUUCAUCUGGAAGAACCAUGCCUGACACAGAGAUCAGCGAGUGCUGUGUCUGUGCUCACUGCAGCUGCUAUGGAAGAGUUGGAGGAUGCCCAGAGGCCGUGCCCACCCGGCUGGUACAAGUUUGCGGACACGUUCCUGAAGUGGGACUGCUGCCUGUCCUGGGUGGUCUUUAAAAACUGGGUGCACUUUGUAGUGAUGGACCCUUUCGUCGACUUGACCAUCACCAUCUGCAUCGUGCUCAACACCCUCUUCAUGGCCAUGGAGCACUACCCCAUGACCCCAGAGUUUGAGUACAUGCUCUUAGUGGGGAAUCUGGUUUUCACAGGAAUCUUUACAGCGGAAAUGUUCUUCAAGCUCAUUGCAAUGGAUCCCUACUAUUACUUUCAAGUUGGCUGGAACAUUUUUGACAGCAUCAUUGUCACGCUCAGUCUAGUGGAGUUGGGGCUGGCCAAUGUCCAGGGGCUCUCUGUCCUCAGGUCUUUCCGUCUGCUGCGUGUCUUCAAACUGGCCAAAUCCUGGCCAACGCUCAACAUGCUGAUCAAGAUCAUCGGUAACUCAGUGGGCGCUUUAGGAAACCUGACUUUGGUGCUGGCCAUCAUUGUCUUCAUCUUCGCCGUGGUGGGCAUGCAGCUCUUUGGGAAGAACUACAAGGACUGUGUGUGCAAGAUCUCCUUAGACUGCGAGCUGCCACGCUGGCACAUGAACGACUUCUUCCACUCGUUUCUCAUUGUGUUCCGCAUCCUGUGCGGGGAGUGGAUCGAGACCAUGUGGGACUGCAUGGAGGUGGCAGGAGCUGGGAUGUGUUUAGUUGUCUUCAUGAUGGUCAUGGUCAUUGGCAAUCUUGUGGUGUUGAACCUCUUCCUGGCCUUGCUACUCAGCUCGUUCAGUGGAGACAACCUCUCAGCGGGAGACGAAGACGGGGAGAUGAACAACCUCCAGAUUGCCAUCGGCAGGAUCACACGAGGCAUCAACUGGUUCAAAGCGUUUGUCAUACGAAUGGUCCAGCAAAUUAUCGACAGAAAACGCAAGGGGCCCGAGGAGGGUCCGACGGAUGACGUGGAUCCAAAAAUGGAAGGAAUUGAAAUGAACCACUUAGACACCUGUCAGGAUUUCAAAAUGGCAGACGGGAUACCUAAUUGUCUUGUUGAAGGCCGGUCUUCUGGAGUUAUUGUGGACGGAGAGCUCAGUCUCAAUGUGCCAAUCGCCCAGGGAGAGUCGGACUUUGAAAACCUGGGUGAGGAGGAUGAUGAAGAUGAUGACGACGAUGCUGAUGAUGCUAUUGACUUAGAGAUGUUGGAUGAAAAGAGCAACCAACAGAACACAGAAAACUCAGGAGAUGAAGGUACAAUGCCAAGAAAUGCCAAACUGAUGGGGGCGUUGUUUGACGGCGAUUCUUCAAUAUGCAGCACAGUGGACUAUCAACCACCUGAGCCUGAGCCAGAAGAGGUGGAAGAGGAAGAGCCUGAACCAGUGGAGCCAGAGGCCUGCUUCACUGACGAAUGUGUGAGGCGCUGGCCAUGUCUGACUGUGGACAUCACUCAAGGUAGAGGCAAGAAAUGGUGGAACCUCCGCAGGACUUGCUUCACUAUUGUGGAGCAUGACUGGUUUGAAACCUUCAUCAUCUUCAUGAUCCUGCUCAGCAGCGGAGCUCUGGCAUUUGAAGACAUAUACAUAGAGAGACGCAGAACCAUCAAAAUUAUUCUGGAGUUUGCUGACAAAGUUUUCACCUACAUCUUUGUCAUCGAGAUGCUCCUUAAAUGGGUGGCAUAUGGCUUCAAGACCUACUUCACCAACGCCUGGUGCUGGUUAGACUUUUUCAUUGUAGAUAUUUCCCUGAUUAGUUUAGUUGCCAACUGGCUGGGCUUCUCUGACCUUGGACCAAUCAAAUCCCUCAGAACCCUCAGGGCACUAAGGCCUCUCCGAGCCUUGUCCAGAUUUGAAGGGAUGAGGGUGGUGGUGAACGCUCUUGUUGGGGCGAUUCCCUCCAUCUUCAACGUCCUUCUGGUGUGUUUGAUCUUCUGGCUCAUCUUCAGCAUCAUGGGAGUAAACCUGUUCGCCGGCAAGUUCUACCGCUGCAUCAACACCACCACGGACGAGCUUUUCUUCAUCACAGAGGUCAACAACAGGAGCGAAUGCAUGGCCAUCGAAGAAGCCACACAUGAGGCGCGCUGGGUCAAUGUCAAAGUCAACUACGACAACGUGGGGAAAGGCUACCUGUCCCUGCUUCAAGUGGCAACGUUCAAAGGUUGGAUGGACAUCAUGUACGCUGCUGUCGACUCCCGAGAGGUGGAGGAGCAGCCGUCUUAUGAGAUCAACCUCUACAUGUACAUCUACUUUGUCAUCUUCAUCAUCUUCGGCGCCUUCUUCACACUCAAUCUCUUCAUCGGUGUCAUUAUUGACAAUUUCAACCAACAAAAGAAAAAGUUUGGAGAUAAAGACAUAUUUAUGACUGAGGAACAAAAGAAAUACUACGAAGCCAUGAAGAAACUCGGUUCAAAGAAGCCACAGAAGCCGAUUCCACGUCCGACAAACCUAAUCCAGGGCGUGGUGUUUGACUUCAUCAGUCAGCAGUUCUUCGACAUCUUCAUCAUGGUGCUCAUCUGCCUCAAUAUGGUGACCAUGAUGGUGGAGACGGACAACCAGAGCGCAGAGAAGGAGGAUUUCCUCUUUAAAGUGAACGUGGCGUUCAUCAUCGUCUUCACCGGAGAGUGUGUGUUGAAGCUCUUCGCCCUGCGACAGUACUUCUUCACCAACGGAUGGAACGUUUUUGAUUUUGUUGUGGUCAUCUUGUCAAUAGCUGGCACGAUGCUCUCAGACAUCAUUGAGAAGUACUUUGUGUCACCCACUCUGUUCAGAGUGAUCAGACUGGCCAGAAUAGGCAGGAUUCUGCGUCUUAUUAAAGGAGCUAAGGGCAUCCGAACGCUUCUCUUUGCUCUGAUGAUGUCACUUCCUGCUCUCUUCAACAUUGGUCUCCUGCUCUUCCUCAUCAUGUUCAUAUUCUCCAUAUUUGGAAUGUCAAACUUUGCCUAUGUCAAGAAGCAGGCUGGGAUCGAUGACAUUUUUAACUUUGAGACGUUUGGCGGUAGCAUCAUCUGCCUGUUUGAGAUCACGACGUCGGCGGGCUGGGAUGGGCUUUUGCUCCCGAUGCUGAACAGUAACUUUCCAGACUGUGAUCCAAACUUUGAGAACCCGGGAACGGACGUAAAGGGUAACUGUGGGAACCCGGGCAUGAGCAUGAUUUUCUUCUGCGGCUACAUCAUCGUCUCCUUCUUGGUGGUGGUCAACAUGUACAUCGCCAUCAUCUUGGAGAACUUCAACGUGGCGCAGGAGGAGAGCGGUGACCCGCUCUGUGAGGAAGACUUCGAUAUGUUCAAUGAGACGUGGGAAAAGUUUGACUUAGAAGGGACUCAGUUCAUUGAGUACAGCAGGCUCUCAGAUUUUUGUGACACCUUGCAGGAGCCGCUGAGGGUGGCCAAGCCCAACCGGCUUCGCCUGAUUGAAAUGGACCUGCCGCUGGUCAUCGGGGACAGGAUCCACUGCCUGGAUGUCUUGCUGGCCGUCACAAAGAUAGUCCUGGGAGACACAGUGGAGAUGGCGGCAAUGAAGGAGAGCAUAGAGGCGAAAUUUAUCCUGAGCAACCCCACAUCAGACUCCUUUGCACCGAUUACCACAACAGUGCGCCACAAGGAAGAGCAGAUGGCUGCUGUGGUCAUUCAGAGGGUUUACCGCAACCACCUGCUCAAACGCUGCAUACGCCACGCUGCUUUCUUGCACCGCUCUAAAAGGUUGGGCAAAAAGGAUGGAAGUGAAGAUCCACCGGAAAGAGAGGGGCUGCUUGCACGGAAGUUGGGAGUGCUCUAUGGGAGCAAUGCGGACCUGGCGGAAGAGAUGGAGCAGGCCGCUUUGGAGACUCUGGCAAACCAAGAGCCUCACAAUCCUGAGACGAUGUCAUAUCACACAGGGGCCCAGUGUGGUCCCGAACCCCCUGAGCCAAAUGUCAUAGUUGUACCCGUAGAAAUUACUAAUGAGGUUUUAUUACAUUCUGCACCCAACCGACACCUCUUCACUGUAGACGCAAACCUGAGAGAGUCGAUAGUAUAACAAACAGCACUGUUUUUUUUUUUUUUACCAGCUUUUCGUUAAGUCUCGUUGAGAUGCACAUUUUCCACAUUAGACGAAGUGUUGACACGGAGCCAUGUUUUUAACCCAACAAACAAUUCUUUAAUUGUUUUCGUGCAGCAUUUAAUUGUCUUUUUGGCUUGAAAAUGUUUCGCUUGACGUCAUAAACAUUUUGGACAAGCAGAAAAAAAAACUUUUCUCCUCUGAAAUGAAACUACUUAAUCAUGAGAGCCACAUUCACAUCGUCCAGUUUUCCUCGCUAAUAAUGUUAAUUAAUUUUAAUUGUUAAAAAAUGAAUUUCCUACUCCUGCUCACUCUAAGUCACUUUAAUGUGGAAUCUCGUCAGCGUGACGGCUCGACGUGCAAAUUAUUUCAGUUAAGACUCUAAAUGAUUCUCUGAGGUGGAAUCAGUUCUCUGCAGAUGUGGAAUAUAUUUACGAGAAGUAGCUCAUACCUCUGCCCAUCAGUCCCCUUAUGACGACACUUUUAAAUAUACUAGAACCAGAUGUAUUUUUAAUUUCCCACACUCAUAAACAUCGGUGCCCUAAAUCUGCUUGAUUUGAUUAAUUUUUUAAUCUAGAUCCAUGAAUUAUUCUCUGACAAAAUGACAAAAAUGUGGAAUAGUGCCCGAUCCUGCGAUAUUAAAGUACUAUUUAAAAAAGAAAAAUAAAUCCUGUAUCCGCUCCCUGAAGUUGAUCUGCAACAAAACAUAAUGAUUUCUUCCUUGGCUCAUGUCCCACCUCUCCACAAAAUCUCACAGGAAAAAACAGAGCUGAAAACCUCCUUCAGCUGCGUGAACAUUGAGCACAUCUGGAUCAGAUUGGUCCCAGUCCACCGGUGAAACCCUGAUUUCUGAAUAAUCACUGUUAGUUAACAUUAACACGAGCCGGCUAAUGCUCUUAACACGUGUCCCUGACUGGCUCGCUCAGAAGGCCCAGUUUAUAUUGCACUAUUUAUACCCCUUCCAGGUCAAGUUAGAGCAGUUGACUACGUGAGACUGAGAGACCUUCCUGUUUCCUAAGAUGAUUUCAUCACUGAUAUAUGCAUGUCUUAUAAAACUGUUUGGUUUUUCUGUGAAGGAGUCAGUCACUUGUUUCCACGUCAGCAUUCAGGGUUUAAAAAAAACUCUCUGUGAUGUUUGGCUGCAGGACACAACCACUAACCUCUGUUAUUGUCUAUUAAGCAAGAAUAAUUCUGGCGACAACACAUGAGUCCUUUGGUAAAUUGCUGCUUCAAAUGGGAGUUUUGCCUCAGGUCAUACCGAGUGUGGACUCUGUCGUUUGGCUCGAUCUUAAUUGAAUUUCUCAAGCCCAGCCCCACAGGAAUUUAAAAGUUUAUAUAGAUAAUUAUAAACUAUUAUUUAUUGAUGAACUGUGGAUCUAUUGAUCCUGUCCUCACAUAGAAAGGUUGCUUCACUUGCUGUUUCGUAAGUCUUAACUGAAUUUAAAAUGUCUUACUCUGAACAUAAAUAGCAUAAGCACUUUUUCUAGUUUUUUUUCUUUAUUUUUUACAGUAGACUGUAGAAGACGGCCUCUUCUCUUGUUCAGCACUGUUUUAACAUCCAGCCCUGGAGGAAGAAAGUAAAAUCUAACGUGUCCUCUGUGAGGGGUCUCUUUGUCUUAUCCUGCGGUCGCAGCACGGCGGUUAUUCCUGUCGGGAAGUCUGAAGUGACCUGCGGCAAUCCUGUUUCAGUCUGACGCGCUGCUGCACCACUUAGCCGUCGUCUUACCUGAUGGUACACUCAUAUUCACAAGGUGGUGUCCUCCUUUUGUUUACAUUUCUAAUGGAGGGGAAGUCGUUACUGCUACACCCACAGUCAGUGUUGCCUGUAUAUACACUCUGUUCUCCUGUAAUGUUUAUUUAUAUCAUUUUGUUAUUGUAAAAAGUUGUAACAAUGUUGUUAGAAUAAAGUUCUUGUAGGGAAAUGUA